AUGACCAGGCAGCGGAGCAAGGCCCAGCCGAAGACCACGUCCACGAAGGAUGGCCCGCCGGCGGGUGCCCGGGUGCCGGCGAUCAACCUUCGGACAAAGUACUACUCGGUGGUCCCCCUCCAUCUGCUCUUCAUCCACUUCACGCUCUACUAUCUGCCCGGCAAGAUCCUCAGCAGUCCGGAGGAUGGCCGCCCGGGAACCGCAUCUAGCCUCGAGCAUCUCGUCCGCCACCCAAUACGCUCCCUGGCGAUCAUCAACCUCGGCGUCUUGCUCGUCCAGCUCUGGUUCUCCAACUUCCUCCGUUCCUGGAAGAGCUCGCUCGCCGGGCCGGCUCCUGAGACACCCUCCGAGAAACACCGGCCGCUGCCCAAGAAGCGCAUGCUGGCCAGCCAGCUCAAGACGCUCCUCCUCAGCCUCAUCCAUGCCCCUCCCUCGGAGUUCCCAAAACGACUGGCGAAGGAACUCGACCCCAAGCUACGCUCGUUGAUCAGCCGAUCCACCUUGUUGCUCAAAGAAGCCCUUCUCAUCAACACCAUCAUCCUCCUCGCCAUCACCGCCCUACUCGUCCUCCUGGGCGCAUCCACAUUCUCGCUGUCACAGCUGCUCAAGAACCUAGGCCUGGCCUGCUUCUUAGGCCUGCUCAGCUUCUUCCCCGCCUCACUAUUACUGGGAUGGAACCAGGCCAGAGAGAAGCCUAACUGGAUCCGGAUCUUCUCCACCUUCCAACCAAAGAACGAGAUCGAAGUCGCCAUCCUCUUCCCCGCCAUCGGCGCCUGUGUAGGCACUUGGCUAGGUGCCAUCCCGAUCCCACUCGACUGGGACCAACCCUGGCAGGCUUGGCCUAUCACUUGUCUUGUUGGUGCUUCUGGGGGCCACGCAGUCGGAUCUGUUGUCUCCAUCAUCCACUCCGCCUUGUAUGCGUCCUCUUGA